AUGCAUCAAUCAUCGUUUUCCAUGGUGAUUCGAGAUCAUUUUGGUCGACCUAUGAAACCUUCACAUCCUUUGUACUCGAAGAAAACAAUUCAUCGUUUUCAUGGUUGUCGAACGGUCUGUCGUUCUGCACCACAGAAACGUUCGACUUCUGAAAGGAAUGCACAACAUACCAACGCUUACACUCACCAACUAUUGAUAUCAUGUCAAUCAACAGGACAAGUACCUUUAACCUCACCACUGAGAUCCAUUUCAUCAUCUUUAUCACGAAGUUCUGAACAUGCUGAUCGUUCUGGACAUGAGGAUCCAAUGAAAAAAGUGAAUGAUCAGGAAAGGAAUGAACUUGUUGUAGAAGGUCGUUCCACAGCUCAAGUUUCACAAGAAACUCAAACAGCCCAGCCUGUCGUGAAUGGUCAGGAAGUAGAGGUGAUUUUGGAUGACGAUGAUGAUGAUGUGAUAUUUAUCAAGCAGGUGGUACAAGAAAGAAUGGAAAGAACGUUUAUUGAACCAUUUAAACUCCCAUUCAAAGUUUCUAUCAAAUUUCGGAUGAAUUAUCCCAAUCAUUGUCGUUUGUUAUUUCAUCCAGAAUUGAAUGUGACAACUUUGACAUCUUUGGAUGUUUUGAAGAAAACAAUAAUCCAUGAAUGCGCAUUUAAGAAUGUGGAUUGUUUUGAAUUAAAGUACAUGAGAGACAAUGAACUGUCUUGUCUGACGAAUGAUCAUUUAGUUCGAAGUAUGGUCAAUUGGAUUAAAUUGCAAUUUCAGAAGAAGAAAGAUUUUGAACCUGAGAUUGAAAUGAAUGUCAUUGUACCUUCUUUACCUGUAUUGAACACCAAUCAAACAUCUACUCAUAAGUGA